UAUAUGAUACCUUACUGUAAGCCCCCAUUUGUUACGUAUUAUGUAUUUUAACAGGUAAAUUAAACUUUUGUUAGAAAAACAACAAUCUACUGUAGAGUAAAACGUUUAACAUUAACAUUUAUUGUCUUGUCACAGCUACGGUUCACUCAAAAACAUGUCAAAAUAGUGUGUGUGUGUGUGUGUGUGUGUGUGUGUGUGUGUGUGUGUGUGUGUGUGUGUGUGUGUGUGUGUGUGUGUGUGUGUGUGUAUGUGUGUGUGUAUACAGUUUUAUUUUGGACACAAGGAAUUGGAGUUCUUGAUAAGUAGAGGAAGACAGGUUUUUAUUUUUGUUUCCAUGACGUGGGACCUGAUAUAUAUGGUCUCUGUGUGCCAAGCUCUGAUUCACACUUAGUUGUACAACAUGUCCUUGAAACAGUUCAAUUCAACACUCGUCUAGCUGAAGUUAAAUCAACCUGAUCUGCUAUACAGAGAAAUGGUGGGUUUUCUCUGCCUUCUCCUCUCUCUGACUGCUCUACAAGUGGAGGGUUUCAGUGGGGGAGGAUCUUCCAUUGCUUCUCAGUGUGGCUCAAUGCUACCUGGUAAUAGUUUUCAUGGCAGCACAGGGCAGAGCUCUUCCUCACCAUACACUGUCACUGUCAACCAGACCACCUACCAGCCAGGAGACACCAUCCAAGUGACUCUGUCAGGAAAAGUCAGCUAUAAAGGGUUUCUUCUGGAGGCCCAUGAGGAAGGACAGAACAAGGCUGUGGGAACGUUCUCUCUCGGCAGUGGAACUGGGAUCGUUCUUGUGCCUUGCAAUGGGAUCGCAGCCUCUGGGGUGAGUCAAAGCAACAUUCAGCCUAAAUCAUCAGUAACAGUCACCUGGACAUCACCAUCCUCAGCCUCAUUGGGCAACAUCAUAGUCAAGUCAACAUUUAUGCAGACCUCCAGUGUAUUUUGGAUUGCAGUGCCUAGUAUGGCAGUUAACCGACUGUCCUCAGUUGUCACCACCACAAGUGCUCCUACUACAACUACAGACACUACUACAACAACUACAGCUCCUACUACAACAGCUACAGCUCCUACUACAACAACUACAGUUCCUAAUACAACAACUACAGCUCCUAAUACAACAACUACUGCUCCUAAUACAACAACAACAACUACAGCUCCUAAAACAACAACUACACCUCCUAAAACAACAACACCUCCUAAUACAACAACUACAACUCCUAAUACAACAACUACAACUCCUAAUACAACAAUUACUACACCUCCUAAUACAACUACUACAGUUCCUAAAACAAAAACUUCUGCUACAACAACUACUGAUCCUACUACAACAGCUAGAGCUCCUACUACAACUACAGCUCCUAAUACAACAACAACUACAGCUCCUAAUACAACAACAACUACAGCUCCUAAUACAACAACUAAAUCUCCUAAAACAACAACAACAUCUCCUAAAACAACAACAACAUCUCCUAAAACAACAACUACAUCUCCUAAAACAACAACAACAUCUCCUAAAACAACAACAACAUCUCCUAAAACAACAACAACAUCUCCUAAAACAACAACAACAUCUCCUAAAACAACAACAACAACAUCUCCUAAAACAACAACAACAUCUCCUAAAACAACAACAACAUCUCCUAAAACAACAACAUCUCCUAAAACAACAACAACAUCUCCUAAAACAACAACAACAUCUCCUAAAACAACAACAUCUCCUAAAACAACAACUACAUCUCCUAAAACAACAACAACAUCUCCUAAAACAACAACUACAUCUCCUAAAACAACAACAACAUCUCCUAAAACAACAACUAAAUAUCCUAAAACAACAACUAGAUCUCCUAAAACAACAACUACAUCUCCGAAAACAACAACUAAAUCUCCUAAAACAACAACUACAUCUCCGAAAACAACAACUACAUCUCCGAAAACAACAACUACAUCUCCGAAAACAACAACUAAAUCUCCUAAAACAACAACUAAAUCUCCUAAAACAACAACUACAUCUCCUAAAACAACAACUACAUCUCCUAAAACAACAACUACACCUCCUAAUACAACUACUACAGUUCCUAAAACAAAAACUUCUGCUACAACAAGUACUGCUACUACUACAACAACUACAGCUCCUACUACAACAACAUCUACAUCUCCUAAAACAACAACUACAUCUCCUAAUACAACAACUACAGCUCCUACUACAACAACAUCUACAUCUCCUAAAACAACAACUACAGCUCCUACUACAACAACUACAGCUCCUAAAACCAAAAAUUCUGCUACAACAAGUGUCACGUUCUAACCUUAGUUCUUUUGUUAUUUCUUUCUUUUAGUAUGGUCAGGGCGUGAGUUGGGUUGGUUAUUCUUUCAUUGAUACCCAUCCCGGAUCCGGGAGCAUCCUCAUCAAAAAAGCUGACUAGCAUAGCCUAGCCUAACGCGACAGGGAUAUCAUAUAAUAUAAGUUCAUGAAAUCACAAGUCCAAUACAGCAAAUGAAAGAUAAACAUCUUGUGAAUCCAGCCAUCAUUUCCGAUUUUUAAAAGGUUUUACAGCAAAAACACAAUAUGUAUUUCUAUUAGCUUACCACAAUAGCCAAACACACAACUGAAUAUUUUCACCAUGUUUCCACCGCAUAGGUAGCUUUCACAAAACCGACAAAAUAGAGAGAUAAAAUUAAUCACUAACCUUGAACAACUUCAUCAGAUGACAGUCUUAUAACAUGUUAUACAAUACAUUUAUGUUUUGUUCGAAAAUGUGCAUAUUUGAGGUAUAAAUCAUAGUUUUACAUUGCAGCCACCAUCACAAAUAGCACCAAAGCAGCCAGAAUAACUACAGAGAGCAACGUGAAAUACAUAAAUUCUCAUCAUAAAACAUUUAUGAAAAAUACAUGGUGUACAGCAAAUGAAAGAUAAACAUCUUGUGAAUCCAGCCAAUAUUUCCGAUUUUUUAAGUGUUUUACAGCAAAAACACUAUAUAUAUAUAUAUAUAUAUUUCUAUUAGCUCACUACAGUAGCCAAACACACAACGCAAUUUACUCCCCGCCAAAAUAGCUUGCACAAAACCGACAAAAUAGAGAUAAAAUUAACCACUAACC